CACUCCUUUAAACCCUUUUCCUCCCCUCGGCAGCUUCAGAGAGAGCUCUGCCCUUUGACAUGUCUCUCUUCACUUCCUAAAAACCUCUUUAAUUGGAAACUUUUUUAUUUAUUUUUGUAUCUUAUUUUAUUUUAAGUCGUCUGGGAUUUCAAGCUCACGCGUGGAAAGAUGAAACCUCCGGAGGAAGCGAUCGUGUUUGUGCUGUCACUGCUGGCUCCUGGAGUUUUGUUCACGAUGAACAAGUUACCUGGGAUUCAGGAACCUUUUCUCAUCCUGGGAACUGGAGUGGUCAUCCUGGGGUCAGUUCUUCUCCUCUUCCACCUCACAGUGAGACACGACAAAAAAGUGGAGCCCUUAUUCUACGUGUUUGCAGAGUUUUCCUUCACCUGCAUGGUGGGUUUGACCAAUGCUCUACAGCAGGACGGCUUCAUCUCCGGCUUCAUGGACUUCUACCUGAAGAUGGGGGAGCCUCACCUCAGCACUGCCUACGCCGUGAUGAUGUGCUACUGGGAAGGGGUUGUGCACUUCACGAUCUUCCUUACAAUCAUCCACCGCAUGUUUGCAGGGAAGUCCUACCGAAGCCUGGGCCUGCUGUGGGCGGGUUCCUCCAUCGCCCAUCAAAUAGUUCACAUUCCAGGAGUGGUCAUCGGUAAGCACGGCUCUAACAUUCGGCCAGCCUUUUGGAGGAACGUUCCUUUCUUUUUGGCGCCUUUCUGGGCAGCAUGUGUGCUGCUUCGCAGACCGAGGGUGAUGCCAGUCAUCACAGCAGAUGAGAUUGCAGUGGAACAGAAGAAACAUCUUCUGUCUCGACCUGUCGAGCUGCUUCUGUCUCUGCUUCUGCUGGGAGUCAUCUCCUUCUGUGUUUUCAGAGCUCUGGUGGUGCUGGACUGUCCCAUGGACGCCUGCUUCACUUACAUCUAUCAGUAUGAGCCGUACCUCAAGGACCCGGUGGGCUUUCCCAAAGUUACGAUGCUGGUGCAUUUUUUCUAUGCCGUGCCCCUCCUUGUCGUCCUCAUCUAUGGUCUGAUGACGCCAGGAUGCAGCUGGAUGUUGGACUGGACCCUCUUUCUUGCUGGAGCUGUAGCUCAGACCCAGUGGUGCCACAUCGGAGCCUCCCUCCACUCCCGCACUCCCUUCACGUACAGAGUCCCAGCAGACAAACGCUGGCCUGUUCUGACGCUGAAUGUGCUGCUCGCUGUUGCACCAGUUCUUCUGGCCCUUCGCUGCCACACCAACCCAGCCUAUUUUAUGAAACCCGUUCCCAAAGGACAGACCAGUAAUAAGAAGAAGACAAACUAGACCACACGCCAGCCGCCGGCUGCCGAGGAAUACGUCAUGCUGUCACAGGGCCAUUGUUUUCUGGGAAUGGCUUUUGGAGCACAGACUGCAUCAAAUACUUUUGUUUUUUUGAAGACCCAGAGGAAAUCUGAAAGCGUUGCUCUGUAACUCGGUGGUUCGAAUCCGGCCACCCCACGCGGCACUCCUUGCAUGGACUGUUGGACCCUGAUAAGCAGCUUGUGGAAGCGAGGAUUGCGAUUACAUCUUUUUUUCAGGUGACUCAUGCAACUAUCUACUUGGUGACUUCAUAAACUUUGACAUUUGACCUUAAUCAUAAAGGUCAUCAAUGCACCACUCUAGGAGUAAAGGGCUUUCUAAGCAGGAAGUCAAAACUCCCGCUCUUCAUUGUAAUCAGUCGCAAAAAGUCUUUAUUUCAGAUGGAAACUUAAAUAAUAGGAAGCUUUUGCUGCUGAUAAAAGAGAGAACCAACUCUGGAAAAGAUGCCAAAAAUUUAGGUGUUUUUCUAUUAUUAUUUUGAUUAAAAAGUUGAAUAUUUAGUUUAAAUGGAGUUGCAUGUCGUUUGUUUUUUUGCCUAAUAAACAAUUCUAUUCCUAAUGUUCUUCUGGAUUUGUGCAUUUUGAAUAAAUUAUGCUUUUCUGAAUAAAAAAA